UGUUAACGCAAAAUCCGGUCCCUAAAGUGACUUACCUCUGACUUGUUUGCGUCGGUCGUCAGCGUCGGUGUCGUCUAACCAAACGCGAUUCUACAAAGCAAUCUUCACAAAUAAGUACCCAAUUAAGUGCUCGUUGAACGUAAACGUCCCCAUGUUAAAGCUUGGUGGAACUUUUUUGUGCUGACGAUAGAGCUUUUCAGGCUCAACUAGCUUAGCUUAAGUAGCUAGCCAAGGCGCGAUUUUCGUUGCUGAACAGAGAUCAAUAUUUUGAUUAUUUUCUGUGAAAAUGUGUGCCAAAACAGUAAAAGAAGAAGAAUACGAGGAUGAAAUCUAUCGGAGCGAGAAGACUGAAAGAGAAGGAGUGGGCGCCGUUUCCAAGGAACCGCAACACAAAGCAGAAGUCACCAAAGAUGAUCUUCAUCCCGAGCAGCACGAACCCGAGUCUCGACAAAUUAAGCAGGAGGAGAAGCCAGAGACGCCCAAUAUUAAAGAAGAAGAGCAGGAGGAUGAAAUAACCAAGUUUACAUUGAUUGUCAAUGUGAAGAGUGAGGAGGAUGAAGACAAAGCUCUAGGUGAGGAGAACAGGGGGGCGGAGCCUCCAAGCAGCAGCUCACAUCAACAACACCUGAUGACAAAACAUGUGGGAGACCUCUGUGGAGGAUUACAAUCAGACUUUGCGCCACUCUCGGAUAGUGACGGGCAAACGUCACACUCUUCUAACUAUGAUGAGGAUGACAUUGUGUUUCACCCUGAGAAAAAGCGUGUGAAAUACUUCAGCAAGUCAUCGCAGAAAAAAGACACAAGAGAAUUCAUGGAGGGGAAACCUUUUGCCUGCUUAAUUUGUGAGAAAACAUUCUCCACAAAGUCACUUUUAACAAUACACACAAGAACACACACUGGCGAAAAACCAUUUGCCUGUACAGUUUGUGGUAAAAGAUUCACUAGGAAGGGACUUUUGAGAAUUCACACAACAACACACACUGGAGAAAAACCUUUCUCCUGCUUAGUUUGUGGGAGGAAAUUCUCUAGAAAGAACAACUUGAAAGUACACUUAAGAACACACACUGGUGAUAAACCCUUCUCCUGCUCAAUUUGCUGUCAAAGAUUUGCUCAGAAGGGAUAUUUAAAAAUUCACAUAAGAACACAUACUGGUGAAAAACCAUUUGUGUGUAAGGUAUGUGGUCACAGAUUCUCUGAAAAUGGAGCUUUAAACAGGCACGGCAUAACUCACACUGCAGAUAAACCCUUUGACUGUACACAUUGUGGUAAAAGAUUCAAACGGAAGGGAAAUUUAAAAAGUCACUUAAGGUCACACACAGAUAACAAAUGGUUUCCCUGUUCAGUUUGCGGUAGAAGAUUCUUGCGAAAGAAAAAUUUAGCAAAACACACAAUAUCCCACACUAGUUAGAAGCCUUUAAAUUUUAGUGUGUUGUGGCGUAAACGAGGAUGUUGUGUUCAACACGCAUUCUGACGGCAGCCUUCUACUGGCAAAUUUCCAACCAAAGUAGAAUGUCCUCUACUGGCGAAUUUCCAACCUAAAGUAGGCUGCCUUCUAUUGGCUAACUCCAAACUACAAGUAUAAUUCCACAAAUUCAGGGACAGGUCACUACAGUGGACAGCUAUUCAAAGAUUGACACUUAAGAACUUAAAUCCUUUAUAGAGCAAGUGGCUAUUGUUUUUUUUAUUUAUUUAUAUAAUUGAAUAACUUUUGUUCAUUAAAAAAAAAAUAUAUAUAUUAGCAAUUAUGGUUAUAUAUUUUUUGACCCCUUGAUUUAACAAAAAAGAAUCUUUUUUUUUUUUGUGUUACACUAGAUGCUAAAUCAAGUUGCGAAAGUUAUUUAAAUACAUAAAAAAUGAUAAUAAAUAAUCUACAGUAAUCUGUGAUCUGGUUUGUGACUAAUUUGGUACAAUCGGUAUCAAGGAACUAAUUUUAAUUUUUAGUAGGGGUGCACGAUAUCCAUUUUUUGAAACCGAUAUCGAUAACUUCCUGCUUCUCAAGGCCGAUACCGAUACAAUAACCGAUAGUAUAUGUAUAGUUUUAAAAUGUAUAUUCACAUGGGUUUUUGAACACCUGUAGGCCAAAAAUACUAGUGGUGGAUUCAGCAUAGAUUUGCCUUUGACCUAACCAGAAUUUUCAUGACGACAUGAAAAUUAUUAUAAUGAACAAUACAAAGAGACGAACAGUUUUGACUUCAAAUAAAGUGCCCAUAUUUAUUUUUUCAAAUAAACAUAAUUUGAGUCAAUCACAAUCAAUUAGUAAAUAUCACUGACGAUGUAUUCCCCUGAGCAAUGAGCACUGAACUAAAACAAACAUAGACCCAACAGGUAUUGUGCUUUGUCAGCAGAUAAAACAUUUGGUGCAACAGUAGAGGAGAUUUUUGUGGUCUGGGACCAUUAAACAACUCAAACACACACAUCCCAAUCCACCGACACCUUGCCAAAAAUAUUAUAUAUGAUAAUGUUAUUGGAUUUAUUGGGAUGACGUCAUAAUUCCUAUUAUCGGACCGAUAAUUAUCGUGCACCUCUAAUCUUUAGCACAUUAUAUAUAUAUACGUGUGUGUGUGUGUGUAUAUAUAUAUAUAUAUAUAUAUAUAUAUAUAUAUAUAUAUAUAUAUAUAUAUAUAUACACACACAUGCAGUGGGGAGAACAAGUAUUUGAUAUCAAAUACUUGUUCUCCCCACUGUAUGUUUAUAUAGUUUUAAUAAAGUUGUAAAUUUAUACAAUGUAAAAAAAACUGAAUUAAUGAAAUUUAAAUGAAUAAAACAAUUACACACUGAUUAUUGCUCAGACUAACACUGUAGUUGAUUCUUUUUUUUUUUUUUCAUAGUAUUUAAGUGGCUGCCAUUGAUGUUGCUACGCGUCCAAUCUAUUUUGACUGGGAGGGCAAAUGAAUGAACGUUUAAAAUCAAUUAAUCAGUUCCAAGUAAGGGUUUAAAAAAAUCAUAAUCCAUGCAUGAAAAGGUUAAUCAGGCCUUAAAAAAAAAUAAAAAUAAAAAAAAUCAAAGAUCGGGCUCCUAAGAUCAGUGCAUAUAUAAUCCUAGAAUAUACCUACCAAAUUCCAUUUUGAUCGGUCCAUGAAUAAUGAAAGAAUAGCUCAAAACGAUAAUGUAUGCACUAACAACAUCAAUAUGAGUGGCCACUUGACAGGCCUCCAGUCUGUAAUAAUAAUAAAAAACACUACAUUUAAAAUGUACACAAGCAGAAGUAAGAAUAAAUUAAGGAUCUCUAUUGCGAAUAUUAUGAAUUAUUUUUAAGGGUUUCUCAAAGAUCCCCAGAUUUCCAACACGCAUCGUCUAAUGUCAACAACGCUUAUUUUUGGGCUGUAUGCCUUACAUAUUUACUCUAUGUAUGUAUGUAUGUAUGUAUUAGCGUAGUGAUAGAGCGCUUACUAUCCUUUUGUAUCAUUUAUAUUUGACCUCCACAUUCAUCAAUUAUGAUUCCUAAAUUUUGCUUGCUUCCCUUUUCAUUUUCAAUUCAGCUAUUUCCAAUGAUACACCAUUCUUCAAUCAUUGAAGGAGUCUAUUAUCCUGCCUUAGUUGAACUUUUCAUGUCUUCUAAUUCACUACUUGUGUUACUAAAUGAAUGGUUUUUGUUAACAUAGUUUGCUUGAGUCAGCUAAUAAAAAAUCAUGUCUCCUGUGAUCAUUUCUCUUGUUCUUCUAAAUAUCAGCAUGAUAGAAGUAAACAAAAUAUGACACAAUUGUGUGCUGUGAAAUUUGAGUUGUGUCAAAAUUGUCAAA